AGCAGCCUCGCACGUGUAAGCAAUGACUCAGGCGACCUCGCACGUGUAAGCGAUGACUCAAGCAAUCUCGCACGUGUAAGCGAUGACUUAAGCAGACCAAUCAAGCUGUGACAUGUGUCACCAAUCAAGCUCCGCCACGUGUCGCUCACCCACCCCAAAACUCCUAUAAAUAGAAGCCUUCCUGAGACAUUUGAGAGGACCAGGGAUUCAGAAGUGAAAAAGCUCUGCGAAGAUCAAGCCUCAAAGCCUUCAAGAACUUCAAGAACUUCAGCCCCAAAAUCGAAGAACAUUCGAAGCGGAAUCAUCCAAACUAUCUGCCUAGAUCUCAAAGUUCACUGGAAUCAAGCUCAAAAGCCUCCAGAAACCUCAAACAACCACAAAUCAGUGAAGCUCCACGGAUUCAAGCCCCUAAAGCCCCGGAGAACUUCCACAACAAACCUUCGAAGACGAAGAACACACGAAGAACACGAAGAACGUGAAGAACAAAGGAUUUCCAACAAGCUCAUAGCCAGAAAUUCAUUGUAAUUCUGUUCCAAAGAUCUUCGAUCCAUUCUUCAGCCAAAUUGAAGUACAUUGGGUGUUCAAAUCAAAAUCACAUUACUACAAAUCCAAUCAACAAGUCUUUUAAGGAGAUCGAAUCAGAGGAUCACUCUUUUGUAAUUCCAGAGAAUUGUACCACACAAUCAUCAAUACAAAUUCGCAUUUGUGAAACUAUUUUACUUGUUUGAUUUAUUUCGAACCGAGAAAUUUAGUCGCUUACAAAUUCUGGCACGCCCAGUGGGACCUCUCUGCCUCUCAUCUCAUUCUCCUUCAAAGAAAGAAAUCAACAUCACCAUCUUGCUAUCUACUUCAAUGGCUUCUAGCAAGAACAUUCAAGCUUCAACAAUAGCUACUUCAAUUAGACUUGCGGCUACUACCAACAACUACAUUGGUACAAUCAAUUGUAGCCAACCUAAAGCAAACAAUCAACUUCAAUCUCAAUCAACCAAGGUUCAAACAAUCAUCUCCUUAGACCCUCUUACAAGAAACAAGUUCAUCAACAAGGACAUCUCCACCUUGGAACACCUCAAGUAUGGGGGCAAAUCCCCUUCUUCCUUCACAAGAAGUUGGUCGCAUGAUUUCUCUCCCAUCGAAGGGAACCCAAAAAAUGAGAUUUCACCGACUCACAUCAAUUCACUUUCUUCUCCAUCAUCUUGGGAAGUUGUGUCAGUCAUGAUGACUAACACCUCUACCAUGGAAGAAAAGAUGGCCGAAAUGGAACAAAAAGUUGUCCUUCUCACAAAAGCACUUGAAGAUAAGGACCUCCAAAUUGCAACUUUGAUGAACAAGCUCGAAGUGCAAAAUCUUGGUGAAUCAAGCCAUGGUCAUAAAUUCACAUCUACGAAAGAUGACGAAGGGAGAGAAAUUGAAAACACUCCCCGACGAGAACAAUCUACUUCGGUUGCUUCGUUGUCAGUCCAACAAUUACAAGACAUGAUAACAAAUACCAUCCGAGCACAAUAUGGAGGUUCUUCUACAAGUUCUCUCACAUAUUCAAAACCUUACACAAAGCGCAUCGACAACAUGAGAAUGCCAAAUGGGUAUCAACCUCCCAAGUUCUUGCAAUUUGAUGGCAAAGGAAAUCCUAAGCAACACAUUGCUCACUUUGUAGAAACUUGCGAGAACGCAGGGACUCAAGGAGGCCUCUUUGUAAAGCAAUUUGUUCGUUCACUCAAGGGAAAUGCCUUUGAUUGGUAUACAGACUUAGAACCUGAGUCAAUUGACAGUUGGGAACAACUAGAAAGAGAGUUUCUCAACCGAUUCUACAGCACACGGCGUACGGUAGGCAUGAUGGAGCUUACCAAUACUAAACAGUGGCAGGAUGAGCCCGUCGUUGAUUAUAUCAAUCGGUGGCGUUCUUUGAGUCUAGAUUGCAAAGAUAGACUUACUGAAAUAUCUGCUAUAGAGAUGUGCAUUCAAGGCAUGCAUUGGGGACUUCUUUACAUCCUUCAAGGGAUAAAGCCCCGAACAUUUGAAGAGUUAGCAACUCGUGCCCAUGACAUGGAGUUGAGCAUUGCUAGCCGCGGAAGUACAAACCCUCCCAUACCUGAGGAAAACAGAAGGGAAGUAAGGAGGAAUGAUAGGAAUGCAAAAGUCAGCCUCAAAGACCCAAUGGUUGUUAGCACUGCCGAAAUCAAGGUUCCAAGAAGAGGAGCAAAGGCAAAUGAAGAACAACUUGAAGGGUGGCAAAAGAAUGAAGUGCGUCGCCUGACCUUUAAAGAACGUGAGCAAAAAGUAUAUCCGUUCCCCGAUGAAGAUGUGCCAAACAUCUUAGAACAACUAUUGCAAUUGAAGCUAAUUGAAUUGCCAGAAUGCAGGCGACCAAAAGACAUGGGGAAAGUUGAUGACCCUAACUACUGCAAAUAUCAUCGCAUCAUUGGCCACCCAAUACAAAAAUGCUUCGUCUUCAAAGAACAAAUCAUGAAGCUUGCCAAAGAAAACAAGAUUGAUCUAAACUUCAAUGAAGUUGUUGGGUCAAACCAUGUAACCAUUGCUUAUGGUGUACUUCCAACUCUCAAGCAGGGGGCAAACACUAACCAAGCUCACAAGUUGAUCAACAAUGACGAUGCAAAGAUCGGCCCCAUCAAUGGGAAGUUCCUCAAAUGCUUCUAUGCUUGAAAGUGUACCAAUAAGGAGAAAUUAAUCUCACUCCAUGUCAACAAUUGCGAGUGUGGCGUAGCGGUCGGACGCCCGUGUCACCCUUGAGGCCAUCUCGGGUUCGAUCAGUGGUGAUACCCACUAUUACACACUGCGCCCCCCCUUUUUGCAAAAAAAAAAAAAAAAAAAAAAAAAAAAAAAAAAAAAAAAAAAAAAAACACAAAAA